UUCGUUGUUUCUAGGGUUUGACGCUCUCGCGUGAUCCAGGUAGAGGCUCAAUCCACUCGAUCGUGGAUUGGUACGCUUGGUCAUGAGAUAAUCUCCACCUCUGGGCUGAAUUGAGGUGUUUUUCCUCUCUUGUUCUCCAUGACCAUGGAUGCUGCUAGCAGAUCAAAGGAGGAUGUUUCACUGCCUAAAGCUACGAUGACGAAGAUCAUCAAAGAAAUGCUGCCACCGGAAGUUCGAGUGGCACGAGACGCUCAGGACUUACUUGUAGAUUGCUGUGUUGAGUUUAUCAAUCUUAUCUCGUCCGAGUCGAACGAGAUUUGCAACAAGGAAGAAAAAAGAACUAUUGCUCCAGAGCAUGUUCUAAAAGCUCUAGAGAUUCUCGGAUUUGGAGAAUACAUUGAAGAAGUUCAUGCAGCGUAUGAACAACACCGAAACGAAACUUUGGAUUCUCCAAAAGCUGGAGGCAAAUGGGGUAAAGAAGCAGGCUCGGGGAUGACGGAGGAGGAAGCCAUCGCCGCGCAGCAACGUAUGUUUGCGGAAGCAAGGGCACGAAUGAACAGCGGAGGAACACAAAGCUCUUAGUCACUUUGAGAAAGCUCUCCCUGUACCAUAUACACACACAACCAUGGAGGUAAAAACAAAAGCUUUUCGUUA